UUGUUAUUGACCACCGUUUGUAUUCCUUGGGGGACAGCCUCUUCACCCCAUCUUUAGUUAACGACCGAAACACAGACCUGGUGCGCAAUGCUAUCCAAGCGGCUAGUUGCUUCAGGAGACAGUACAGACUCUCGCGUUUUCGAUAUACUCCUUGACAUGGGAUAUGAUAUUAACGCCCCCCGCCAUAGCUCAGCUAACCAUUCUACAGGGCAAUUGAUCACACCUCUCGGCCUCGCGUGUGAUCGACUACAGCAAAGGAGCGUUGACCUUCUCCUCCGUGUAGGUGCGAAGCCAAACGGGGUAGGUGACAGUUUUUGGAUCAGAAAAGUGGAUUGCUCUGGACUUUCGAGAGCUUGGUAAAAGAUUCAUAAUCUGUUUUCAAUCACUGCUUCGGCAUGGGCAGUUAUAACUCUAAACUUCAC